CGGCACUGGGCGGAGACAGCGCGGCCUCUCCCGUCACGUGCGGCAACAAGUGGCGCCGCCCGGACCUGCCCCGCCGGCCGGAGCUGCUCGGCACCAUGAAGAUGCACUUCAGCAUCCCGCUCUCCGAGGAGCUGCUCGAGAAGUUCGGCGGCCGCUACGUGCUCUACUCCGUGUACCUGGAGGGCUUCCUCUUCUGCAAGGCGCGCUACAGCCAGCUGCACCGCUGGAACGAGCAGUUACGGCGCAUCUUUGGAAGCAGUGUGCCUACUUUCCCUCCAAAGUUUUACCUAGCAAUGACCAAGUCUAUGGCGGAUGAGAGGAGGUCUCAACUUGAGCAGUAUCUACAAAAUGUUACUAUAGAUCCAAACAUUAUAAACAGUGAUGUCUUCAUCAGUUUUUUCCAAAAAUUGCAGCAGGAUACAUUUAAGAUCCAGCCACAGAAAGCUUGUCUAGAUGUUUACCUGGCUGAUGGAAGGAAUAUUAGGCUGGAUAUCAAGACAUCGGACACGGCUGAAAGAAUACUAGAGGUUGCCUCAUACAAGAUGGGACUGUCAAGAGAACUGAUAGGAUAUUUUAGUUUAUUUUUUAUUGAAGAUCACAACAGUGGAACUCUCUCUGUUGUGAAAAAAGUGGCAGAAUUUGAACUUCCCUAUGUGAGUCUUCAGAGCAUGAAACAGUCGCACUGUAAGCUUGGGAUCAGGAAGUGGUAUAUGGAUCCAUCCCUUGAUAAAAUGCUGCUGGACUGUAGAGCCUCGGUGAACUUACUCUAUAUGCAGGCAGUACAGGAAAUUGAGAGGAACUGGGUUAAACCCACAGAUGAACAGAUGCAGAAACUUGAGUUGCUACAAAAAACAGCAAACAAAAUUAAGUUUUUAGAGCUCGUUAGUGAAGUGCAGCACUAUGGAUACAUAAAGCUUGAUCCUUGCACCUGUGAUUAUCCAGAAGUAGGCUGUUCUGCCGAUGUCCAUGUGGGGAAUAAUGAGAUUUACUGCUGUGUAAAACUGCCUACUAAUCAGACCAAAGUAAUCAGCUUCAAGAUCAACAGAGUGAGGUGCUGGCAGGUCACCUUUCUAGGUGCUGUUACAGAUGCAAAUGAUGAAGGGACUGGUGAGACCCUGGAGCUCAGGUUUGAGUACAAUGAUUCAGACACAUGGAAAUGGAUAGUCUUUUACACAAAACAGGCAUUUCUGCUAAGCAGCUGCUUUAAAAAAAUGAUAUCAGAACAGCUGAUGAAGACGACCAAAGAGCAAGAACUGCAGAUUGAGAUGCCUGAAACCAGUAAAAGCAAAAAUUCUAGCAUCCAACAGAACCAGUUUCGAUUUACAACGCUUGAUCCGAUGCAAUGCCAUGCCAGCGAACAAGUUCACUGUGUCGCUUAUCUCCGUGGAGAACAUCCAUCCAAACUGCCUUGGAUAGUUUCUUUAAGAAAGCAGACAAGACUCCAGAAAAACCUGCAGCCAAGACUUCUGAGAAGACUCCAGCCAGAACCCUUCAAAAAGUCCAACCACGAGCCCUUCAAAAAGUCUAGCAAAGUCACCUCAAAGAAGUCUUUCCAAAUCAAUAUGUUUGCUAUUUACAAUAUAAAUAUAUUAAUGUAGCUAUAUUACUCAUCUAUAAUUGAUCAAGUACAAAAUUCUGGGGUAUUUGUGGUGAAAAUAGGGUAUUGGGCCUUGGUUCAGGAACCAAUCCCCCAUUUAUAACAUUGUUUCUUAUGAGAAAAUUGGUUCUGAGUUACAACAUUUUGACUUAAUUGGUUCCUGAAAACCAUGUCUUGCAACUCCAGGGGCCUGUAUGGUACCUUCUCUAGCACUUGCUUUCCCUCAUUUCUUACCAAAAGGAGAAAAGCAUAAAAAUCCCUUCACUCCUACAGCAAAAGCCAAAAGGAUGAAUUAGACUGGGGUAGGCAACCUUUUUUGGCUACAGUCUGGAAUGACUCACCCCAGGUUGGAGGCAGGUGGGCAGAUACUAGGACCCUUCCACCUCUACAUGUCUUCCCCAUGACACAAGGAAAAUACGCACACUCAGUACUUCUCCCCAGGACAGCAUGGGGAAAGCACCCACAGCAGAAGGCCACCACCUUGCCACUGAAUGUUGCUGAAGCCCCACAUCCAUGGGCAGAGGCGACCUGAGCAGGGUGCGGGGCCCAGGGCAAAUCAGCCCAUGCAAGGCUCUACCCCUGCUCCAAUCCCACAGGCCCUGGACCCAAAGAAGCUGCCGCCACCAUAGGCAAUUAAAGGAAACACAAAACUGCUUUCCAGCUUCUGAGAUCAACCCUGAACAGUCCCAGUAUUGCCAAUAUGCCUCUUCAGCAGGUUUGUGGAUGCCAGCAGUAAACCUCGAAAAUCCCAUGUAAGAUUUUAUUUUCCAAUAAUACAAUCCAGUUGAAGGGAAUGUUUCACUUCAUAUUAAUUUCUACUCUGCUGCCCUGAGCAAAGCAGCCUGGACAAGUUCCUUAUGGUUGCCACCUUUCGGUUUGCUUGAUGUCAGACUCAUUGCAAAAAGGAUUAUCCUCCUUCCUUUUACAGGCGUUUUUAAAUUCCAAAGAGCUAAGAAGUUCCAUAAGCGUAUUAAUGGUAAGUGUGUCUAGUUACCUUCAUACAUUUACCAACCCAAAAAAUAACUUCUUUUGUGAAACAGCCUUUGCUAGAUUAAAGAAUUUUAACUGUAGAACUCCAUUG